AUGUCCCUGGCCUCUCGCGUUGCCAAUUUGUUCUCUUCAUCAACAAGUCUUCAACAGAGCACCAACGAGUUCGACUUGGUUGAUGAUGGAGGCCCGGCGGGGAAACAAGGUCUCGCGGAUAUUAGAAUGGGAGCAGACAGCGUCAUGUCGGAAACAAAUGCACAGAAAGCGGUCGAGGAGGAGGCACGACCGCCUUACCUUCAUUCUAUGAUUGCUGGAGGGAUCGGUGGGACUACUGGGGACCUCUUGAUGCACUCUCUAGAUACGGUCAAGACUCGUCAACAGGCCGAUCCGAGUUUUCCCCCGAAGUAUACAACCAUGGCAUCUUCGUACUCUACAAUCUUCCGGCAAGAAGGCUUACGGAGAGGGCUGUAUGGUGGAUGGCUUCCAGCUUUACUUGGAUCAUUCCCUGGGACCAUCAUUUUCUUUGGCACAUACGAGUACAGCAAAAGACACAUGAUAGAUUACGGCAUCACCCCGCAGAUUGCCUAUCUUACAAGUGGAUUCGUUGCAGACUUUGCAGCUUCUUUCGUAUACGUCCCAUCCGAAGUCCUAAAAACCCGUCUCCAACUCCAAGGCCGGUACAAAAACCCAUACUUCAAAUCCGGAUAUAACUACAAGGGCACAGCCCACGCUGCCCGAACCAUAGUCCGCCAAGAAGGCUUCUCCGCUCUCUUCUAUGGUUACAAAGCGACAAUCUUCCGUGACCUCCCCUUCUCCGCAUUGCAGUUCACAUUCUACGAGCAAGCACAAACUUGGGCCAGGAAAUGGAAACAGAGCAGGGAUAUUGGACUACCGCUGGAACUUUUCACGGGGGCUGCGGCAGGGGGACUUGCUGGAGUUAUCACCUGCCCGCUUGAUGUGGUGAAGACGAGGAUUCAGACUCAGGUUAAUCCGUCUACGGAGCCAUCUGUUAAGCAGACGCCUGCUCAACCUCCUGCAUUGGCCGAGGGGAAGCCGGGAGCAAAUUCUUCACUGAGACAACAGAUUCGGUCGAUCUCUACUUCGUCCCCCUCAACGCAUACUCCGCGCCCUGGGUGCAUUAAUCUUGAUACAUCCUCAGUAUUCACCGGAUUAAAACUUAUCUACAAGACUGAGGGUAUAGCUGGAGGUUUCAGAGGCGUAGGACCAAGAUUCGUGUGGACGAGCGUUCAGAGUGGAUGUAUGCUGUUCUUGUACCAAACGAUUUUGAAGAAAUUGGAUGUUUAUACAGCUUCUGAGAAUCAGGAGUCUGCUUUAUGA